AUGAGCGAUAAGACGUUGAGAGGAUGCUUUUACAGGGACUGCACGCUGUACGUUGGAGAGUAUAUCCUAGAGGACGAACCCAGCCAUGGUGAAGCUCUCCCGGAGAGUGGAGCCACUUUGAAUAAAGGAAAACAUGGGAACAAAAAGGGGUGUAAAAAGGGGGACACAAAUGAAGAUCCACAUGGGGACACCAGUGACAGCGCGGGUAAAGGCAUAACCACUGAUAAUAACACCCUUGACAGCAACUCGGGACAGGAAGGGUCCCCCGGGAGAGGCAUCAUUUUCCAUGGCCAGGGAAAGUACAUCAGAGCGAACGAAAUCUUUGCAGGGCAUUUCCAAAACGGCAAUUACAGAAAAGGCAUAUGGAUAAAGUACAAAAAUAUUCACAACUUAUUUUACUACAUGAAUAUACACCAUGCACUGUCUAGGGAUAAGGACUCCAUCAUCCAGGGGUCUACAAAAAAUUUAAAAAAUUUUUUAUAUGUACCCCUGAAGGAGGUCAAUAUAUACAUAGGGGAAUUUGACAAGAAUAUGUUUAAUGGGUUUGGCGUGUACUACUUUUAUCCCUUCCUGUACGUCGGGUACUUUAUAAAUAAUACCAUGGAUGGGUAUGGCUACAUGUUUUGCGCGAACCACGUUGGGGAAAAAUAUGGGGAGGGAGCAAAGGAGGAAGACAACGCAAGCGGCACGAUUAACAAUUUGUUCGAUUUCUUAUUCGUCCGAGGUGAAAAGGGGGGGAUUACGAACAGGUCUGCUGAAAAACCAAAGGGAGAAAAGGACGCCAAGGUGGUUGUGCAAAGUGAAAAUCGUGAUGAGGAGACAAUCGGGGAAGAGACCUCCAGCCCGGGGGGGCUACUCCUUCAGGUGUAUGAAAAGCUGGAGAAGAUGAUGAAGGAGGGGGAAGCUGGCCUGCGGGAAGAACCGCAUAUGAUAGAGGAACCUCCGAUGUGUAUGCAACCGGGGCAUGCCCCCCCCACGGGCAACCUCGUGGAGAAGCUCAAAAGAGACAUUUUCAAAAACUUCAAAAUGCAAACGAGCAGAAAAAACAAAGUGAACAAAAUAAAAAAGUUCCUUCAGGAAAAUGAGAGGGAAAACAUUUUUGAUAUUUUCAAACUUAUAUCAUAUGAGCAUUUACUCUACCAGGGGUACUUCCAUAAGAAUAAUUUUUUGUCCACCCCGGAGGAGCAGAUCCUACACAGGAGUUUGUUCCUUCAGAUGUAUGUCGAAAUGUUCAUCGAAAAGGUGAACUCGUUUCGAAGAAACUUGGCUGAGGGGGUGGAGCCCCAAGACUUGUGCAUAAAUGGGGACAACGUUUUGUACGUGCUGGAAAGGAAACAGAAAACACCCGAGGGGGAGACUACACAGGGGGGCGCAAUUGUCAAUGCGGGUGCCGUUCCAAUUGCCACCGCAAAUAACGAUCGCAGUGAUGUGCGUGAGGAACCUAAGGAAAUUGUCCCCCGCGAGGAGGCUAAGAAAUCCAGUGUGUUCAACCCCGAUGUGCGUGAAGGAAUUCCCCAGGGAAAUAGCACCCCUAAUACAAGUUUACCAAAUGAACACUACAGAGAUAUCAUAGACCUGAACCUUCUCAAACGCAUCUUCGAAGCUACGGCAGACGACAACGUGGACUACGCUGUAGAGGUAGUCACAGAUAAGAAGCUCCUAAAAUAUAAAAGGAUAUUUGCAGGAUUAAAAACAGACAAGGAAAUAAACCACCUAGAUAAAGCCACACUACAUUUAAAUGGGUAUUACCAACUGGUCGUCAUAAAUAUCAAGUGUAGGGAUGACACCUCCUUCAGCUUAAAUACAAACCAAUGCAAUAUACAAAAUAUUUACAAAAUAAAAAUGUUCUUAAUUUCUUCUACCCAAUCGUCUAUAAUUAGGUACAACAAGUUUUUCCUUUACUACAUUUAUGUGUACGUUAAAAAUUCUGAUAAGAAAGGUGGUAAAGGGAAAGUGAGGAAGAAGAAGGGUUAG